AUGACAGAGUUGAAGCUUAUUAUCUUCUUGAUGAUCGAGAUGUUCUUCAACAUCCAUUCAUUCAACUCUGAUAUAUGGCAUGUUGAUACAUUCAUUCAGAUGUACUGUGUUCGUGCAAUCUACGAAGAUAAAGAGAGUUACAACAGAGAUUGUGGUAAACAUACAUUAGAGAUUAUCAAUCAACACAAGAUGCUUAUUAAUUCAAAUAUAUUGAUAUUAAACUAUGUUAUGUCAUUGUUGUUGGUUAGUGUGAUGGUCCUAUAUGCAAAAGAUUCAGCAACACAGGCUUGA